UUUGAGCACAUGUUAAGAGUAGUUAUUAGUAUACAAAAUCAGCUGUACACACAUGUCUGUCACGUCAAGAUUUAAUUUCUUAAGAUUUAUUAUUUAACAAUCUAUUGUAUAAAGCAAGAUUUUAAAAUAUUGUAAUUUAUUUAGGGGGAUCUAUUUUAUAAAUAUAUUUGAUAUAAGAUUUCUUUUAUUCAAUUAUUAUUAACUGUUAUUGACGAAUGUAGUAAUGACGCGUGGUACACGGAUAAAUUUUAAUAUUAAUGUAUUAGUAUCAGAAGUGUUUUGUUUAAAUUAAUAUAUUUCUUAAUAAAAAUACAAGGAAAAAGAAACUUGCCAUGCCAAAAAAUAAACAUCAGCGAAAUGCUUUUUAUUUCUUUAUGUUGGAUUGGAAAAUGCAAGAAGAGAAUAACGGGCGUUAUUUUCCGAAUGGUUUAAAAGAUGUACUGUCAGAUUGGAGAUGCAACAACACUUGGAAAAACCUGCCUUAUGAAGAAAAAGCUUAUUACAAGAAAAAGGAAAAUUUACAUAAAAGUCAAUCAAUUCAUGACAAAAAAACUUGUCACGGGGAGUCAGUAGCUCAACUCGAACAAGCUAGAAUAGAACAGGAGGAAUUUUUGGACAGUACAAAACGAAAUCUAUCAUCAUUGAUUUAUGAAGCGAAGAAAAACAAUAAUAUUCAAAGAUUAAAAUUCUUUGUCGUUCACAUAAAUUAUUUUUAUAGUCGUAUUUUGGACAAUAAUGAAUUAGACUAUUGUCCAGCUGAAAUAGCGAUUGCCGAAUUUAGUUUGGAAGAAGGUGUUACCCGAACUUAUCAUAAAAUCUUCAGAUCGAAAAUUAAAAUUGGCUAUGCUUAUGAAGCAUUAGAGCAUUCUAAAAAUACUCAUCAAAUUCCGAAAGAUAUGGAAUUAGGAGAAGAAAAUUAUAGCUUGAUAUACGAGGAAAUAUGUGAGUUUUUGCAUCCAGGUAGAUCUAAUGGAAAACUUCCAAUAUUGUUUACUCGCUAUAAAGUUGAGAGUAUUAAAUGUCCAGUAAUAAAUGUGCUGAAAACAUUAAGUAAUUUUGAUAACACAUCUCGUGAACCUUUUACAAUAUAUUCGUUCGAAGAACUUUUUUCAAUUUUGCGCAAUAUAAUUUCUGAAGAAAAUAUUGUUGGAAUUAAAUUCGAUAGUAUUGUUGCAUCGAUAAAGUUGAAAAAUGAUCCUUUUGAUUACAAAAAAAGUACUCAAUGUGACUUUCAUAAAGAAGCACAGGGUGGAGGGAAUCACUGCAGUAAAUCUUUUGUUCAACGAUGGAUUUUUGUAUUAUUUUCUUACACUUGUGAUUUGCUUAAAAUCGAUUUACAUCCGGGCUCUCAUAUACCAAUGGAAAAUGGAAAUGAAAAACAAUCAGAAUUGUGUAAUACAUUUACUAACUUGAGUCUGAAUGCAUCUGCAUCAUCAGAUUUUCCAGCAACUACAAAAAAGAGUACAUGGAAGAAAGAAAAACACGCUUCAGAAAGAACAUAUAAAGAAGAACAGCAUCGCAAAAUGCAAUCAAUAGAUCAUCCACUUAUGAUUAUUGAUCACAGUCUUAUUAAUGAAACGUCCCAUAAUCUAUCGCAUACGUCGAUGAAAAAAUCACAAUGUUUACCAGUUGCACAUUCUUAUGGUCUUCAUGCAGCUCCUGUUAUAAAACUAGAUAAUGAUGGUUUUCCUUCUUGGGGAAGAGGUUGUAGGGGUAGAGGAAAAAGCUAUCCAUUUGAACCUAAAUCAGUUGCAUAUUAUCUUCCUGCAGAUACUGUUAUAGAUUCGGAUGAAGACGUUUUCCCUUCUUUGGGGAGAGGUCGCAAAAGUUGACAAAGAAGCCACCCUGUUACAGCUAAGUCAAUCGAUCUUGCUUCAACAAAGUGAAUUCAAAUUUCAAAUGCCUUUGAUUACACUGUCAUCAAAGCUGUCAAUAACAUCAUUGAUGAAGGAAGAUCUACUUUCAUAUUUACACAAGCUAAGAUAUCAGCAUGAGGUAAAGUUAGUCAAAUUUAUCUAACAAAUUCAUUCCUUCAGACCAUUAAAAGUCAUACUUGCAUUGACGAUGUCUACAUUCCAAGCAUUACACAAGUUUGAAGAAAUUAAAUUUAUUGAGUAAUUAAUACUAACGUUUUAAUGACUUAUGUUUUAAAAGCAGAAUUUUAUAUGUUAUAUAAAUUAUUCAUCCUUAUUAUGUGAAUGAUCUACAAAACUGUUGUCUACAUAAUUGCGUAGUGUUUUUUAAUUGUACAUAUUAUAAUUAUUUUAUACAUACAUAGGUAUAAGUAUACCAAAACAAAACUGUGAAUUCAAUGCAUAUAUGAAUGUAUUGGUUUUUAACAAAAGAAAAUGCAAUGUACAAUUGCAAAUGAGCAUUUUAUUUUUAAAUAAUAUUUGAUGUAUUCUUAGAUUAUGUAAAAUAUACAUCCAAUAUUCUUUAUUGAGAAUUUUUAAGAAAAAUAAACAUUUUUAAAAAGCUUA